GGAGCUGGGGCUGUCAUGUGUAAAUCGGUGUGUGGUUGGGUGGCCGAGCUAUGUGGUUCCCGCCCGGCGCGGGGCUCGAACCGGCAACGUCCGGAGCCGCAGUCGGGCGCCCUACCCCUGAGCCGCGCCCCCGGCGCGGGGCUGUCGGGCGGGCGUUUGGCGGGAAGAGAUGGCUCAGGGGCAGCGCGCCGGGCUGGGGACCGGCAGGUCCCCGGUUCAACCCCCGCAACCCACCGCCCUCUUUAGCAACGCCGUUCGGCACCGCAGGGGAGAGCUUUCGCUCGGGGACGCUUCGACUACCGCCGGCUGAUGGCGGAGAGGAAACCACCCGCAGGCCCGCUCCGUACGGCGCCGGCGGCGCUUGGGGUACCGCACCCGCAGGGACAGCAGCGGAGCCCCGCGUACUCCACGCCGUUCGACUGCUCCUUUACCCGGGGAGCUCACGCUAGUGCUCUCGAUGCUUUGGGGCUUUAUUUCUGUUGGGGUUUAGUUCUGGGUAGGUGUUUUUUUUCCCUACCGAGCGGGAGGCGCCCCGGGGCCGGCCGUGGCCUGCUCCGCUGCGCCGGGUUGGCCCGCCAUCUUGUCGGCGUCCCCUCAGCGCCGCGGCGGAAGUGACGCCUGUGAGGCGCGCCGCGCGGAACAGGCGCCGUCGGCGACGCGCGGUGAUGACGCCGGUCGAGGCCCGGUAGCGGCGGGGGACGCGCUCGGCCGGCCGCCGCCAUGGGGGGAGGCGACCUGAACCUGAAGAAGAGCUGGCACCCGCAGACCCUGCGCAAUGUGGAGAAGGUGUGGAAAGCCGAGCAGAAGCAUGAAGCCGAGCGGAAAAAGAUCGAGGAGCUACAGCGGGAGCGAGACGCUGAGGAUGCAGGCACCGUCCGCAAUGUGGUCACACAUGCAGGGAGGCUGGAGAGUGGAUUCAUUCCAUAGCUGUGAGGUGGAACACAUGUACCUGAACAGGAGCUUGGGAGGUGCGGGGCGUUCCACGGAGCAGACGAGCGGUCGUGGUUUCUUCCCAGCAGAGCUAGAACCCCCGGAAAGGUACAGCGGGUGCUCUGGCUGUCACCGCAGCGCUCCAAACCUGUGGCUGAAGUCGAUGUCUUUCCUUCUGAGCAGUGACCGUCUUUCCAGUCCACAGAAGGAGCGGUUCCUCAGACCUGGGGAGAGAUGCAGAGACCUGCCGAUGAUCGGAGCUAGAAAGCGUGGGGACAUUGUCAAAGAUGCUUCAGGCAGUUGCUGUGUCAAGUUACAGUCUACUGAAAGAGAACAGAGUGCAAGUGGGAGAGGAAACAGAGAGACAGCUGUAGAGGAACUGGGCCAAGGUCACCUGGUGAAUGAAGUACAGAGGCAGUGUCCGUCUGCUGUGGCGUAGCGCAGUGACUGAAUGCGUUCGCUGCUGUCGCGUUUGAGUCUUGCGAUUUCUGCAGCAGGCUUUGAUUCCUAUGGAACAGAGAGGUCAGAGAUUGGGGAAGAACUUAGUUCAAAUGUUGUUUUGUUGGUGAGUUGACAGGUGUGCAGGCAGGGGGUAUAGCUCAGUGGUAGAGCAUUUGACUGCAGAUCAAGAGGUCCCUGGUUCAACUCCAGGUGCCCCCUCUUUUCCUCUCCUUCCAUCUCCCUUUUGCCAAGAUUUCUCACAGAAAGAAGAUGGAGAGCUCUUCUGGGAUCUUGUGAGCUUGUGCUGUACAGUGCAGGUUGGUUUCUGAGCUCCAUUAUGCACGGUACUGAGGCCCUGACUAUUAGGAAACUGCAGGGGUCAUGCACUGUGUGAGUAAGAACUCACUGUCUGUGUGUAAUUGCCUCUGCUGUUGAUUCUCUGCAGUAAUUCUCUGUACAGCCUUUGGCAGGCACAGUAUGAGGCACGCGGGGCUGUCAAGCAAAGGAAUCUAACCAUUGGACGUAAAAACUUGUCUCUCUCUGUGAAUGUUUUUGAAAUGUCCUUGUGAAGGGGCUGUGC